AUGGCGCAGUAACCUACCUCCCAGGAGAACAGUACUUCCAGAGUCGAGCUUCAAGAGCUGCGCUUGGCUGCUCAGAACAAAGCAGUCGCUUUCAUGAGCGACCGUGUGCAGUACUGGAAGGCCAAGCUCGCCGAACAGAAAGAUAUCUCAUCGACCGACGAGCCUGGGGAGGAGCUUCUCGCCGAGGUCAUAGACUUCAACUCCAGCAUGCUCAGUCGUGAGGACUACGAUCAAAUGAUCGCCGAUCGCGCCGCCGAUAAAAACAUCGUCCUCAGCAAGCACGAGAAUGAGGAAGUGUCCGAGUCAGAGAAGAAAGCAGCCAUCACUGCCCUCAUCUACGGCAUCAAUGUCCUCAAAGCCGCAUCGUCUUCAUAACGCCACCAGAUGGUG